UAUCAGACGGAGACUACCUUUCCGGUUUCUCUCCGUGGUGCAGGUCACUCCCUCCGUACUGUCAGCAGCUCUCUACGCGGUUCAAACUUACAGUCGCACUUCACCAGCCUUGCACUUACCGUGUUUUCUUCAGGCUUUUGAGAUUUUAAAGGAAAACAGUUUUUAGUAGUGUGUGAAAGUCUGCGGUACGGGGGCUCUCCACCCGGAGGAAUCACCGUGUUUUCUUCGCUUUUAGCUGAAAAGCAGCGGGGGGAAAUGUCCAGCUGAGGAUUGGAAAUCCUGAAAACCGCAAGGCCUGUUUUUGUAAUGAUUGAUCAAUGCUUCGACAAUGGCGCUAAAGGCACAGGUUUUAUAUGACUUCUCUGCUGAGCCUGGAAACAACGAACUGACAGUGAAAGAAGGCGAGACAAUCACUAUCACCAAUAAGAAUAUUGGAGGUGGCUGGAUUGAAGCACAGAACUCCAGAGGGGAUGUUGGACUGGUGCCAGAAGACUACAUUGAGUUCAGUAAGGCAUUUCCAUCAUUCCCAGCAGCAGGGAGCGCAGCACCUACUCCAAAUGUAGGAAAUGUUGCAUCUUCAGACCUUGCCUUCUUUGAUGCCUACGCUCCUUCAUCAGCACCUGCACAAAACCAGGUGGAUGCUGGGGGCUUGAGUCCCCAGCCGGACACCCCCGACACCCCAGUUUCCCCCUACCUUUCGUCCCCUGAUGAGGCUAGUAACGGUAAUGAUCCCUGGUCGGUGUGGAACGCGGACCCGUCGGGUGGAUCCAACAACAACUGGGCGUCAAAUCCGGAGGGCACCCAAACUGGGAAGAGUGCUGCUGACCCCUGGGGCUCCGUAUCACAGGGCCACCCUCAAGCUUACCAGGGCCCAGACAUCUACCCAUAUCCUUACCUUAUCGAUUACACAGGAGCAGAAGAAGAUGAGUGGGAUGAUGAGUGGGAUGACGUUAAAUCCACUGGAGGUUACGCCGAGUCAGAAUCUGGAGACGGCGGAGGAAUACAGAGAGGUGGAGCUCACGCAACCUCAAUGAAAAUCUCCCUCAACAAGUUCCCGGGGUUCUCCAAGUCUGGUCCAGAGCUCUACCUCCUAUGCAAGCAGCUUGCAAAGGGCAAAGAGAAGCUAUCAAUCUAUAUGGGCGAAGUUGGUCCCGUGUGGUCUUACCCAGAAACUCAGCUAGACUGUGUCGUGGCUGAUCCCAAGAAAGGCUCAAAGAUGUACGGCCUCAAGAGCUACAUUGAGUACCAAAUAACACCCAGUACCACAAACCGACCAGUCAAUCACAGAUACAAGCACUUUGAUUGGCUGUAUGAGAGGCUCCUGGACAAAUUUGGGUCGGCAAUCCCCAUUCCGUCUCUGCCAGACAAGCAGGUGACAGGGCGCUUUGAGGAAGAGUUUAUUAAGAUGCGUAUGGAGCGGUUGCAGGGCUGGAUGACCAGGAUGUGCAGGCACCCGGUUGUUUCCAGCAGUGAAGUUUUCCAGCUUUUCCUCACCUACAAGGAUGAGAAGGACUGGAAGAUGGGAAAGAGAAAAGCAGAGAAGGACGAGACAGUGGGAGUGAUGAUCUUCUCCACAAUAGAGCCUGAAGCUCCAGAUCUAGAUCCUGUAGAAGUGGAUCAGAAAUGUGAGCAGUUCAGCAGGUUUACCAAAGCCAUGGAUGACGGGGUGAAGGAAAUCCUCACAGUGGGAAACGAGCACUGGAAGAGAUGUACAGGCCCUUUGCCAAAAGAGUACCAAAGGAUUGGCAAAGCCUUCCAGAACCUCUCCUCUGUCUUCACCAGCAGUGGAUACCAAGGCGAGUCAACCUUGACUGAUGCCAUGACAGCAGCAGGGAAGACAUACGAGGAGAUAGCUCAGAUGGUUGCAGAGCAGCCCAGGAAAGACCUCCACUUCCUCAUGGAGACCAACAAUGAAUACAAGGGUCUUCUUGGAUGUUUCCCAGACACUAUUGGAGUCCAUAAGGCAGCCAUAGACAAGGUGAAGGAGGCCGACAAGCUGGUAGCCACCAGUAAAAUUAGCCCUCAGGACAAAGUCACCAUGGCUAAACGAGUCAGCACCAUGUCUUACGCUUUACAAGCUGAGAUGAACCACUUCCAUAGCAACCGUAUCUAUGACUACAACAGGGUCAUGCAGUUGUAUCUGGAGGAGCAAGUCAAGUUUUACGAGACGAUUGCUGCAAAGCUGAGACAAGCACACAGUCAGUUCACUACAAUGUGAAAGCCUUCAGUCUCGCACUACAAGACAAGAAGAGUUAAACCAGCUCAACAUCCAAAAUAUUCUUGCUUAUACUGCAUUCUUUUCCCUCCAUGUAAUUUAAAUUUCACUUCUCUCUUUGUUUCGCUCUUACCUCAUCUCUUCCUUUACUGCUCGUGCCAGCAGUCCCGGCUCAUGGUGUUACUUUUGUCUGCUGCGCUCAGACAUUUUCUCAACAGUUUAUGAGCAUGUGCAGCAGCUGAAAAGGCUUUGGCACAAGUGUUUUUUUUUUUUUUAGGGUCAACAAUGGGAGGAGAAUGAGAAACACUAUGUAGACACAUCUUUUCCUCUGUCCAAGGUCCAGAGCUUGUGACACAGGAAGUAAACAUCCAAGUCACAGUUUGUGACCAUGCAUUGCUUCAUUGCAUUGAGUCAGACGCCAAAGCUAUUGGUGGAAACAUGCAAUACUCUGCAGUUUUUCAAACUGUUCCAUGUUUUUUUUUUUUUUUUUUUAAAAGGUUAAAGAAAUCAAUUACACAUGUAGCAAAACUGUUUUCAGCACAGUGAUGUAGUGACGUACUGACAAUAAAAACCAAAGCCAUUCUCCCCCCUGUCAGUAGGGACAGCCGGGGAGCUGAUUACUAAAAGUAGCUUUGACAGCAUAUCAGAGCUUUACUGCCUGUUUACCAGUCAAUGCAGAGUUUAUUCAAAGUAUUUUCUUCAUUUCAUUUCAAGAGUCGACCAGUGUCGUUAGUAAGAAGCAGUGGAGCAUUCCUUUAAGAUUCCAACAGUCUUGGAAGAGUUGGCAAAGGCGGAAUGUGUGUCCUCUGUAUGUCCACCGCUGGUAGUGCCAAGCCCUCUUUCAUCCUGCACUUCCUCAAAAGCUUAACAGGAAGCUCCACCUCCUUCCUGUCUUGCCCACGUGCCUCGCCCCUCUGAGGAAGACAGAAAAAGCUUGAGUUAAUUGCCCCCCCAGCCUGUGUGACAUGACACUGUGGUUUACAUUUCAGGACAGAAGAGAAAAUGUGGGAUAAAUGAUACUUAGGUUGGGGUUGGUUAUUUUAAGCAUUGUACCUUUAAGCCAAAAGUCACAUGAUUCUUUUCUUGCAGGUCAGUCCUGUUUUCGACCAGACAAUGGUGUUUUAUAUGAAGGUGUAACAGCAAUGUUACUAUAAGAAUCUGUUCUAUAAGAGUUUGGGACAGAGCCAUGGAUUCUGUCAUGUAUGCAGUCUUUCUUCUUUGCUUUUCACCACCCAUGUUUUCAAUCAGUCGCUAAUCUUGUUCACUCUUUGUUUUCUUAUCACAUGAUACAUGAAAAAUAUACAUAUAUAUAUAAAUAUACAUAUAUAUAUCUAUAUAUAUAUAUAUAUAUAUAUCAGGUGCUUCUUGUCAUUGAGAUACUAUUUUAUGUAUAGAAGUAUUUUCUAUACAGUGCAACUCAGAGAGGAGCAAAACUUCUGUUUGAUUUAUUAAACAAUGAUUUGUAUUCA